AUGGGUGACUACUCCAUAGCACUUGAAUUUUACGAAAAAGCACUUAAAAUUAAAGAAAAAGCUCUACCUCCAAAUCAUCCCUCAUUGGCUGGUAGUCACUUGAAUUUUGCAGUAUGUUACAAAAGAAUGGGUGAUUACGCAGCAGCUCUUAAAGCUGUUCAAAAUGCUUUUCAAAUUCAGCAAAAAGCAUUUCCAGAAGGUAAUCCAGCUUUUACUUCAACAUACAGUUGGUUCGGAAGAGUUUAUCGCAGUAUGAAAGAUUACUCAAAGGCACUGGAUUAUUUUGAAAAGUGUCUCGCAAUAGAUCUAAAGACGUUAGCUGAAGGACAUCCAUAUCAGGCCAUUACAUAUAGUAAUGUUGGUGAUGUUUAUCGAUUAAUGGGUAACUAUGAAAAGGCACUUGCAUUUCAUCAAAAAGCAUUAGAUAUUCAAGAAAAUGUUCCCUGUAAUCCUCUUCAAUGUGCAACGACAUAUACAAAUUUAGGUGAAACUUAUCGAAAAAUGCAAGAUUAUUCAACAGCAUUGUCAUAUUUUCAAAAAGGAUUAGAAAUACGACAAAAGAAACUGCCAAAAAGUCAUCCUGAUUUAGCUGUAAUUUAUCAUAAUAUGGCAAAAUUAUAUUUAUCUACUGGACAAUAUAAUGUGGCAAUGAAAAAUGUUCAACAAGCAAUAGAAAUAGCUCAAGAAAAAUUACAUUCAACUCAUCCUCAUCUUUUGAAAUAUAAAGAAACAUUUGAAGAAAUUCGAAAGGAAAUGUAA